GUUCGAUUCCAGCGAGGGGCUGCAACAAGGUUUAGGGUUUAUAGGCCAUGUCGAAGGCGCUGCUGCCGCUGCUGGCAUGGGUCGCGAUCCUGGUGCUGGCUGCAGCAGCGGCGCAUCGGCUCCACAAGAAUGUGAUCGUGGAGCUCCACGCCAAAUGGAGUGGGACGUCGCUGCUCUUGGAAAUGGGUGAGCUUGUGGCCAAGGAGAGGGAUGACAAUUUCUGGAAAUUCAUUGACUCGUGGAUCGAGCGGGAGGAGAAGGAGAGCCAGUCCUCCUCCAACAGCACCAGCAAUUGCCUAGAGCAGAUAUUAUCGCAAGGCUCCGCUUUGUUGGACGGUCACCUCGCGUCUCUCUUAGAUUUGUCCCUCUCGCUGCGCAGCGCGUCACCAAAGCUUGUUGUCUACGCACAGCUCGCGCAGGAAUCACUGUCAGCCUUCAACCUUCAUUCCGGAGGCAGUGAUCGGCCACGACCUCCACGGCAAAAGUGCUGCUGGGUGGACGUGGGAUCCAGUCUUCUGCUAGAAGAGUCCGAGCUCCUCCACUGGCUGAAAUCCUUGUCGGGCGAGCCUUUGCUGGAUAAAGCUUUGAACUUGUUUGAGUUUGAUCACGUCUAUCCACAAUCCGCAUCUUUUGCCUACACUGCCAUCCUAUACGGCGCACUUGGUACGCCGUGCUUCAAAAGGUUCCACUCAAUCCUCAGCGACUCCUCAAAAACUCAGGACCUUGUGCGGUAUGUGGCACGGCCAUUCCUUCCAGAUGGUUGCGAAGAGUCGUGCUCAGCUUGUAGUAAAGCAGGGGUCGGCGAGCCACUCAACCUUGCGGGCUACGGUGUUGAGCUUGCGCUGAAAAACAUGGAGUACAAAGCUAUUGACGACAGCGAAGUCAAAGCUGGUGGAUCAUCUGAAGAUACCUCUGCUGAGGAUCCCCUGGCUCAAGAAGUCAGAGGGUUUAUCUUCUCGAGGCUUCUUGAACGUAAGCCUCAUCUUGAAGGGGAGCUCAUGACGUUCAGAGACCAGUUACUGUCGUCCGAGAUAUCGGACAGCAUGAAUGUCUGGGAAGUAAAAGAUCUUGGAUACCAAGCAGCUCAGAGAAUCGUAGGAGCAUCUGAACCAUUACGGCUGAUGCAGGAGUUGAACCAAAACUUUCCAAAUCUCGUGUCGUCAUUGUCUCGCAUGAAGAUCAAUGAGACCAUCAAGCAGGAAAUAGUUUCCAAUCAGCAAAUGAUUUCACCAGGAAGAAAUCUUCUUGCUAUCAAUGGGGCUUUAGUCAAUCCCGAGAGCCUUGAUCUUUUCACGUUGAUUCAUAUGGUGCAUCAAGAGCUGUCCUUUGCUGAUAAGAUACUGAAAAUGAAGGUUCCUUCUAGUUCUGUGUCGAAGCUUUUGAGGCUACCUGAGCCGGUUGAAUCAGUUGCAGUGAGAGUGGAUUUUCGCUCCAAGGAUUUUGUACACUAUCUGAAUGAUCUUGAAGAAGAUAAUAAAUACAAUAGGUGGAGGACAAAUCUGAACGAGCUAUUAAUGCCAGCUUUUCCAGGACAGCUUCGCUACAUCCGAAAGAACUUAUACCAUGCAGUCUACGUACUAGACCCGGUUUCCGUGAGAGGACUCAGAACGGUGGAGAUGAUUCUGCACUAUUAUCAUAACAACUUGCCAAUGCGUUUUGGUCUCAUCCUGCUCUCGGCGGCAGAUUUGCAUUCAUUAGACGAAGAAAAUGGAGCUCGUGAGAAGGACGAUUUAUCCAGCUUGAUGAUACGUCUUUUUCUUUACGUUAAGAAUACGGGAGGAGUUUAUAACGCUUUUGAGUUUCUAAAAAACGUUUUGGACUCUUAUUCCGAAGAUUCUGAAGAAAACUAUACUGAGGCUAGACAUAUUGAGGAAGGAUUUGUUAAAUCACUCGGGACUAUGACGAAAACCAGUGCUAUGGAGGUCUUUUCCAAAUUGAAGAAUGGUGAAGAUUAUAGAAGGGAAGCAUUUGAAAGCAGCCAGUUUGUAUACAGACUUGGUUUAUCCGAAGUAUAUCCAUGCCUCCUCAUGAACGGUCUCGUUUAUGGAGAAAGUCAGCCACAAUUUUCAGUGAUGGCGGCCAUGAAUGAAGAACUCCCUAAAAUACAAGAAAUGGUCUACUUCGGUCAAAUACAUUCGCGGACAGAUGUUUUAGACAAGUUUUUAGCAGAGGAAGGCCUUAAAAGAUAUAACCCAAAGAUAGCUGGCACUGGGAAAGAUUCGAAGUAUGUGUCAGUUGCACUGGUGGUUUCUGAGAGCCAUCCAGUUGUAUGUAGUCUCCAGUAUCUGCACACACCUGGAACCGAAGACGACGUAAAACCUGUAACUCACUGGCUACUUGUUGACUUGACGAAGGAAUCUGGUAUACGUCUGUUGACGCAAGGUGUCCGCUACAUCAUGGAAGGUACAGACAGAGGGCGUCUUGCUAUUCUACAUAACAUGAAGGAUGCGGACAAUACUCCAGAAUCAUCAAAAGAGUUACUGCUUCCCCGACUUGUUAGUCACGUUAUGCAGGCAUCAAGUCGCCGAGCAAAAUACCUGCGGUUGUUACAUUCUUUUUUAACGCAUUACAAGUCAGGCACUUUUGGGGAGGUUCUGCAUUUGUAUUUGAGUACUGCUAAAGAGAUGGGUCUGGACAUUGCGAAGGAGGCAAUCUUGGAGUCCUCUACAUUAUCUACUCAGCUUUUACAGUUCCAUAAAGAAAAGAAGUUUGUAGCGGAAUUGUUUGGCAUCAGGCCAGGUAUUAACGCCGUAGUUACAAAUGGGCGGAUUUCUAUUCAAGACUCAAAACCUUUUAUUGCGGAAGACCUCAUGCUUUUAGAAUCACUAAUGUAUCGGCGAAGGAUAAAGGACGUACGGGAAAUUAUUGAAGAUGUGAAGUGGGAAGGUUUAGAACCUGAUGACAUUACAAGUGCGUACCUAAGCACCGUCAUCAUGGCAGUCUCAUCCACAAUGGCGUCGCGCACUCGGAGCUCCGAGACGGCACAGUUUGAGCUCCUCAAGGCUGAUCACAGUGCUAUUGUCCGGCAUGUCGAUGGCUCGCCGAUUCAAAUCGAUGCGGUCAUCAACCCGCUGAGUGCUCUUGCUCAAAGACUGACUCCUCUUCUGCUGAUGCUUGAAGAAUGGCUCCAUCCAAGUAUACGUAUAGUCUUGAAUCCGAUGAGCUCACUGGGGGACGUUCCCCUAAAGAAUUUCUACAGAUACGUUCUACCGUCAAAAGAAGAGUUUUUAUCAGGUGGUAUCGGGCCGCAUGCGAGGUUCUCCAACAUGCCCCCAUCGAAGACGCUAACGCUUAAUCUAGAUGUACCCGAGCCAUGGCUUGUAGAGCCUGUCGUGGCUAUUCAUGACCUGGAUAAUAUUGUUUUGGAAAAGCUCGACGAUGAAAGAACUUUGCAUGCCGUUUUUGAGCUUGAAGCUCUUAUGAUAACAGGACACUGUUAUGAACACAAUGAGCCGCCUCGUGGACUUCAACUUAUCUUAGGAACUAAGCAGCACGCUCAUGUGGUCGACACCAUUGUCAUGGCCAAUCUUGGCUAUUUUCAACUCAAAGCUGCUCCCGGGGUAUGGACUCUUGGUCUAGCCAGAGGCAGAUCGAGCGAGCUAUACACUUUACAAGGACAUAAACAAGGAACGGAUGAGGGUCCGAUCAGCAAGCAAAUCUUAGUUGCUGACAUGAGAGGAGAACUAGUACAUCUUGAGGUGGUAAAACGAAGAGGGAUGGAAGAUGAGAAGCUGUUGGUAGUGGAUGACGACAACGGGAAGAAAACAUCUCUAAGCGACAAGACGAAAGGUUUCUUUGAAUGGGCUGCGAAUAUUAUGGGCACAGGAGAAAAGAAAACUUCAAAACAGAAUACCUCGGCUUCAGCGAGGCAUGGUGAAACCAUCAACAUUUUCUCGGUUGCGUCGGGGCAUCUAUACGAGCGUUUUCUAAAGAUUAUGAUGCUCAGCGUUUUGAAGAAUACUAGACGGCCAGUGAAAUUUUGGUUUAUCAAGAAUUAUCUUUCUCCACAAUUUAAGAAUUUGAUACCUCAUAUGGCUGUCGAGUAUGGCUUCGAAUACGAGCUUGUAACGUACAAGUGGCCUACCUGGCUUCAUAAGCAGACUGAAAAGCAACGAAUCAUAUGGGCCUAUAAGAUUUUGUUCCUUGACGUGAUUUUCCCUCUCUCUCUCAAAAAGGUUAUCUUCGUGGACGCUGAUCAAAUAGUGCGUGCUGACAUGGGGGAACUAUAUGACAUGGAUAUAAAGGGCAGACCCCUCGCUUACACGCCUUUCUGCGAUAACAACAAAGAUAUGGAUGGUUAUCGCUUUUGGAGUCAGGGAUUCUGGAAGGAACAUCUGCAAGGAAAACCUUAUCACAUCAGUGCGCUCUACGUUGUGGAUCUUGAUAAAUUCCGCCAAACAGCAGCCGGUGACAACCUGCGUGUAUUUUAUGAAAAUCUAAGCAAAGAUCCAAACAGCCUUUCCAAUCUCGACCAGGAUCUUCCAAAUUAUGCUCAACAUACGGUACCGAUAUAUUCUCUCCCUCAAGAAUGGCUGUGGUGUGAGUCUUGGUGUGGAAAUGCCACCAAGGGCCGAGCAAAGACAAUCGAUUUGUGUAACAAUCCCAUGACCAAGGAGCCCAAACUACAGGGCGCCAGAAGAAUUGUCCAAGAAUGGCCGGCCCUUGACGAAGAAGCGCAACUUUUUACCAAAAGGAUCCUCGGCAAAGGCAGGGACGAGGAGAACACAAUGCAAGUGCCCAAGGAACCUUCUUCCACAAACGAUGCUGACGUGAAAGACGAGUUGUGAGCUCUUAGUAGCAUACGAACGAACGGUAAACGAGUCAAGAGUUUGAUUUAUUUUAUUGUAUUCAAAACGCGUCUGGGACGUGGUUCCAUGAAUGAUUGGUUUAUGCGCUUCUCA